AAAACGGUCUGUGCGAUCAAAAUAAACGUCAGAACGUGUUUCGUAUCGUAACGGAGAGCGAGUGUAAAGUAGAGGACGAAACGGAAACUAGUAGCCCAAUUUAUCGUAUAAAACCGUGUAUACAUUGUUUAUUUACUACUGAUUAUAAUUAAUUUAAAAAAUGAAUCUUUCGUUCGCUGGUUGUGGCUUUUUGGGGCUGUAUCACGUAGGGGUGGCCUGCUGCUUUAGGAAAUACGCUCCACACUUGCUAUUGAACAAGAUUUCUGGGGCUUCGGCUGGGGCCAUUGCUGCUUGCUGUUUGUUGCUGGAUUUACCUAUAGGCCAGACUACAAGUGACAUUCUAAGGGUAGCAACAGAAGCAAGAAAAAGGUCACUGGGUCCAUUCAAUCCUUCCUUCAAUAUCCACCAACUGUUGCUUGAAGGGUUAGAAAAAUUCCUGCCCGAUGAUGCCCAUAUCAGGGUCAGUGGAAAACUUCAUAUAUCGCUCACGAGGGUUUAUGAUGGCAAAAACGUAUUAGUAACCCAAUUCGACACCAGAGAGGAACUAAUCCAGGCCCUCUUAGCCUCCUCCUUCAUCCCCAUAUUCUCCGGACUAUUCCCUCCGAAAUUCAAAGGGGUGCGUUACAUGGACGGGGGCUACAGUGACAAUCUGCCCACCCUAGACGAGAACACCAUUACCGUCAGUCCGUUUUGUGGAGAAAGUGAUAUUUGCCCCAGAGACGAUAGCUCACAAUUAUUUCAUAUUAAUAUAGCGAACACCAGCAUAGAACUGUCCAAACACAACAUAUACAGGAUGGUGCGGAUUCUAUUCCCUCCUCCACCCGAAACGUUGGCGAACAUGUGCAAACAAGGGUUCGACGAUGCUUUGCGGUUUUUACACCGGAACAAUCUCAUUAAUUGCACCAAGUGUCUUGCGGUGCAAAGCACUUUCGCGGUUUCGGACAGUUUCGAGGAGAGUUUUGUCUACGAUCCGCAGUGUAAAGAUUGUAACAAACAUCGACAAGAAGCGUUGGUAUCAAACGUGCCUGACACAGUACUAACCGUAUUUCAAGAAGUGAUUGAGACGGCCAAUAAGGGAGUGCUCAAUUGGAUUUUCAAGCAUAGAGGGAUGAAAUUACUUUCGGUACUCAGCUUACCCUAUACCUUACCCGCGGACAUUGUUUAUGCGAGUUUAGCGAAAUUAUCCUUGCUCAAGCCGCUAGUAGUACCCGGAGGCACCCGUAGAUUAGUAUUUCGCGAAGUAACUAACCUCGAACUGCACAGUUUCGCGGGUCUACUAACCGAAAAACACUCGUUGCAGCACAGGCCCUGUAGGGCUCUAGUGUUACCCCACGGACAAAGGGACGAAACGGAUUUGCACGGCUAUAGUGAGAGAGUAAUGGCAGCCGCCCCGCAAGUGAGCAACAGCGUCUACGAGAUCACCAAAGUGGCCCUCUAUCAAAUCUCCAAUCUGCUGAAUAAAGUGAACAAGAAGAGUCGACAAAUGAGCGCGAAAAUCACUUGCCAGUUGGCCAUUACGGAAUACGGAGGUGCUAAGGCCGAUUUAGAACACGAUUUGGUGGGAAAUAAGAUGAACCUUAACUUCACCAUGGAUUUGGAUAAGGGCGAAUUACCAUUAGAACAAAUACCGGAGUGUAAAUUCCAAACGAGGCACGUCUUACAGCGUAAACCCAGUAUUACGGUGAAAAAGACGGACACGAUGGACGACGACACUUUCGAUCAUAUUUUACAGGUGACGUCCCAACACGACGCGAUAAUGGCUUACUAUUAUUUGGACGAAAAUAAUAAGGUUAAGGUCACCGAAAUAUUCGACGUGACAGACAGCGAAUCGCCGGUUCUACAAACGCCCCACGAGAAACACCUGAACACCAAUUUGGAAUUCGACGACGGUUGGAACGAUUACGAAACCGAAAACGUCAUGGAUCAACUGGAAGAUCGAUAUUCGGUGUAUUCGCUUACGGACGACGUAAUCGAGGACAAAAACAUAUUUUCAGAUCCGGAAAGUGAGUGGAUCGGCUCGUGUAAAGUCGAGGAACCGGAAGAGGACGAACCGGCUUUCUUUCGGCCGGAAUCUGAUCAAAAAACUCUUAGUCAGAACGCCACCGACGCCCUAAAUAGUAAGUGUACAGUGCCGACGUUUUCUUACGAAGAAAUCGACUUUUAGUUUAAUUGUUUAGUUAAAGUCUAUUUAUUUAUGAAAUCUGUGAUCGUUUUUUAUGCGUUUAUCCUGUUUAUUUCAAUGUUGUUUCUGUUAAAGAAUGGUCACAAAAAAGGCAGAUUUAUAGCGGCAGACUUGUUUAUUGCAAGUGUUUUUAUGCAAAAAAUAUGUGAUAAUAUAUAGUAGGUAGAUGUUCAUUUAAAAAAAAAUACACAAGAUGAUUAAUUUAGUUUAAAAAAAAAAACGCAAUAGGCGAAACAGACGGAAAUCGGAAAAAGUGAACUUGUCACGUGUUUCUGUUUUAUUUUGGUUCUUCAGGCCGUAAGACAAUAAAAUACAACAGGGUGUCAAUUUGAAAAGGUACCACCUGUACAAACUUAUUUUUGAGGGACAUUUUUUAGGUUAGUUUACAAUCAAAUUGCAGCAGCCCCCUGACGAGGUCGGACAUAACCUCUAAAACCUUAAAUAGAAAGGGCGGUCGACUGAUGAUGCCUCAUUUUAAAGGUUUUUUAAUUACCUUCCCAAAGAUACCACACACGUUAUCUUUAGGUUAACUAGAACACAAAAAAGUAACUUAAUUCAUAAAAUGUUCAAAAUGUUGUCCAUUGUUUUCCAAACAGUAAUAAAAUCUGCCCUCAAACUCCUUUCUAACAUUUCGAAAAACUUCUGCCUGGUUUAUGUCUGCCUGACGAUCUUAUGUCCCCAUAAAAAAAAAUCUAAAGGUGAUAAAUCGGGUGAUCUUGCUGGCCAUUCAAUUGCCCCAAUCCCGUCAACCUUUUUUAACUACUCUCUAACCGGAAAAAAAUAGUGUGGUGUAUAAUUUUUGACUUGACAAACCUUUUCAAAUUGACACCCUGUAUAUUGUAUGUGCAAGUUUGCUUUUCCUAAAUAAACCUUUUACAUCACCUUAUGUUAAUUAAAUUAGGAAAGUUAAUAAUUUAUAUUAUAGUAUUCUUAUUUAUACAAAUAUUUAUUAAAAAAAGGAAAAAAUAAUGACAAUGUGAUAUCCUUAAGGUGCCUGGUGGAAUUAUUAUUAUUACGUUUUUAAUGUUCUAUCUCGCACCACCCCAGUUUUAUAAAAAAAAAAAGGUUAAAUAUAUAUUUUUAAUUAAACUAAGUAUAUUAGGGAUCAACCAAUAAAUGCCAAUAGUUUCUAAAUAGUAUUUUUCCGUUGUUGUUAUUCUAAUGUUGUGUAAAGUAAAUAUAAUUUUUGUAGAAUU